CUUUCGUCUAUUUUGUCACUGUUAAGGCUGUGGUUUAAAAAUGGUCUCCCAAGGACUCCAGAUUAUGGGCUUAUCCACAGCCAUGCUGGGUUGGCUGGGGGUCAUUAUCGUGUGUGCUUUGCCCCAGUGGAAGGUGUCUGCGUUCGUUGGGGCCAACAUCGUCACAGCACAGAUCAUCUGGGAGGGCAUGUGGAUGAACUGUGUGGUGCAGAGCACUGGACAAAUGCAGUGUAAAGUCUACGACUCCAUGCUGGCGCUCAGUUCUGAUCUCCAAGCGGGCCGGGCCAUGAUCAUCAUCUCCAUUUUAACUGGACUCUGUGGAAUCGUGAUUUCUCUGGCUGGUGGGAAGUGCACCAACUGCAUUGAGGACCAAGGGUCCAAAGCAAAGGCGUGUAUCGUUGCAGGCAUUCUCCUAAUUAUCUCUGGACUUCUCUGUCUGAUCCCAGUGUCGUGGGCGGCACACACGACCAUACAGAACUUCUACAACCCAAUGAUGGUGGAGGCCCAGCGGAGGGACAGCUUUAACAUGGGGAGGAUUGCUAAAGAGGUUUCUGGCCAGAUCCUGUGCUUCAUUGGUUUUGUUGGCAUAUGUGUCUGUUGUGGCAUUCCCAUGUGGCGCGUCACUUCGUACAUCGGUGCCAACAUUGUCACAGGCCAGAUCGUCUGGGACGGCUUGUGGAUGAACUGUGUGAUGCAGAGCACAGGACAGAUGCAGUGUAAAGUCCAAGACUCAAUCAUGCGACUGACCCAGGACUUGCAAGCAGCACGUGCGCUGACCGUCAUCGCAAUAGUGAUCAGCUUCAUUGGAAUGCUACUGACGUUUGUGGGAGGCCAGUGCAGCAGCUGUCUGAAGAAAGAGUCCUCAAUGGCCAAAGUGCUGAUCCUGGGAGGUAUCCUGUGCAUUGUAGCUGGAGUCAUCUGUCUCAUUCCCGUCUGCUGGUCCUCAGCCUACACCAUCUCAGAUUUCCAGAGUGUUCUCACAAUCGAGACCCAAAAGAGGGAGCUUGGGGCAUCCAUAUACAUUGGCUGGGCCGCCUCAGGAUCUCUUCUGUUUGGAGGAAUCAUUUUGUGUACUUCCUGCCCACCAAGUGAAGAUAUGUAUCCAAAUUACCCAGGCAUGUACCCCUACCAAGGACCUAUGUAUGGGCCUCCUGGAUCUUAUAUGCCUGCCAAAACAUAUGCACCGAGUGCUGUAUAUACUGGAGCUUAUGUUCCUAACAAACCAUAUCCACCCCCAACUUACUCACCUGUUCCAGGACAAUAUCUUUAACUAAUGGACAAUAAUUUCAACUGACACUUUCUGAAACAUUUUUGAAUGAAAUCUCUAUAUAUUUCAGUGUUUGAUUAAAUAAAAAAUUUAUGUAUAAUAAAUAUAUGUACUGUAUGACUUGCUUGGAGUGUCUUAUUCUUUGUUAGCCUCUGAAUGAAGAUGGUUUGGAAAAUCUUGUUUGUCCACUUUCUCAUCUCCUUCAAGUUGUUCUACUGGUAGAGAUGAUGUAAUGCUAAUGAACUCUGUAUGUGUAUGUUUCAACAGAGUGGGUGAACUUUACAAGUUGUGUUGUUCACUUUUGCAAAUCAUGCCUUUUCUGAAGGUUUUUUUUUUUUUUUUUUUUUUUUUUUGAAAGAAUGUAAAACUUUGCUUCUCCGUUGGGGAAUAUUUUGACAAUAUGUAUAACUUUGGAUCUUUACAUUGUCUUGUCAAUAAAUAUAUUUCUUGAUUAUUAUAAA